UGUCAAAGCCAGCAGCCAGCCAUCAAGAAGAGUAUCAGCUCGCCUCGCAGCAAGCGACGGUCGUUUUCAGUUCAGUCGUCAGUGUAGUUGCGUCAAAAUCAAAAGUGAAGGAAGAAAAGAAGGACCACUUCCCGAAGACUGGUCUCUUCUGUGCGAAAAAGAUUCGAAAACUAAAGUGGAAUAAAGUGUGCAUUUUGUAACAGGUGGAGGACAGAAACUCCACCCGGUCAAGUUGUGAAGUGCAGCGGAAUCUCGGUUUUUCGGAGUUUGAGAAAAGUGACAGUCCGGGAGUUGGAUUUCUGCGAAAUUUCCGUGAGCCUUUGAUCACCACUCGAAGUCCAACAAUCUCCAUCAUCAUCAUCAUUGUAAUCAUCAUCGCCGUCUUCGUCACGGAUGGAGAAUUGAAAGUGGUGGAAUUGUGAAUUCCCUCGGAGGCAAAACGAGAGGCAACAAGCAGCAGUAGGUAUCCAGCGGUGUCGCGUUUCGUUCGUGGCGUUUCGAUUCCGUCUUGUGGUCCCGAAAAGUGUUCGCUCAUUGCGAGUUUUGCGGAGUUUUGUUACUUCCGGUGGUUUGGACUUGUGAUACGUGGGCCAGAUUCGCGGCCGUCGACAUUUUGAGACACCCAACACAUUCUCGCGAGUUCUCUGUGCGGAGGUCCAGCAGGGCCCCAAAGUGGUUCAAAGAAUACGACGGUAGUGGCAAGUGGAAGAUGGCUGGAAUUUUCCUGCCAUCGUCGUGGCCGCGAAAUUGACCUCCAUUGGGGGAACCGGGAUCCAUAGUGCCCUCAAAGGUGAUUACUGUUUAUUGUGUCCCCACCGUUGUCUCUUUGUUUCCACAAUCCGGCGGAGGAGAAGUAAUUUUCGUAUUGGAAAAAUAGGCUAUCUGUACGACAUGUCGUCGAAAUUGCACAAGUAGAGAGUCAGAAGAAAUAAGAAGAGAAGAAAACAUCCGAGAGGAAAGUGAGCAGCAGCAAAAGAUACAACAGCAGCAGCAGGGAAGGUACCACAUCAAGUAAAGUGCGCCCCCCCUGUGGCCGUGUGUGUGUGCUUGAGUGUAUGUGUGUCUGUGCGAAGCUGUGAAAGUGAUUCCAGAAAUCUGUGUGUACACGAACGAACCUCUAAAGAAACGACUUAUUUGGAGGCGAGCCAAAGCAACGAGCAACAGGAGGCCGCCAAGGAGGUGGAGGAGGAGAAGGUGGGCAGCCCAGUGGCUCUUUUCUGCUGGCUACAGGGUACGGACUCAAGACUCAACACCAGACGAAUCUCGGAGGAACUGGUGCGGAAUUGAAUGUGCUCGAAUGGAAUACAACCCAAAAUUUGUAGUUUAGUGAGGUAAACCUAAAUCAACCUUAAACCAUCGACAACUGUGCAGUGUGACCUUGCAAUCGCUUUCCCUCUGUGUGCUGAAUAAUUCUGGAAUAAAUAUCAUACGAAAAUCAAGUGCGUGAUACAAUUGCGUUGUGUAUAUUCGAGGAUAGGACAUCUGGUUACUGCGAGCAAAGUUUGAAAAUACCAGAAAAAUCGAAGCAAAAUGUAAAUCCAAAGCGCAAGGCACACCGAAGUAGUUGUCAAUCUCAAAGAAUGUCCAAGUCGAAGAAUGUGUAAAUAAUGCUGCAGAGAUUGCAAGCCGUUCCUACCAGCAGCUGCCAUCGAGUGUGUGUGUUUGUGUGCCAACAGCGUUCCAGCGUUCGAAGGUGUCGAAGUUCCCUCCCAAUAGGAGGCCAGUUAAUCUUCGGCCUUUAAUCGCGGGAAAUAUGCAAAAAAUGCCAAUUUAACCCCCCUCCGCUCUCUUCGAAGUGUCAGGAGGUGACGGUGCUGUGGUGCCGUAGUGAAGAAUAAAUCCGUUGUGACCCCCCCUUCCCGCGCCACAUAUUGGGUGAAGGAGAAUAGUUCUGUGUGUCGAUCGAAAAUCGAAGGUGUCACUGAGUGGCUAAGGGCCUUAAGCACCGGACUAUGGUGUUCUGAUGCUGCACGUGGCCCCAAAACGGUGUGGAACCAGUGUGCCAGAAUGAUUGGAAGCUGGUUCGUGGCUGAUUGGCUGGAAACUGACACUGAAACGGAUUUACUAGUAGUAGCAGCAGCAGCAGAAACUACCAAUACCGGUGGUGUCAACGCCACUGAGCAACUAUUUCGUAGUCUUAGACAGCAGCAACGGCAGCAACGAUGCAGUCCCAGGAUGCGAUAGGCGACUGCUCGCGGUACAUCUUGCAGGUGUACGUCGGGGCGCUAUCACUCCACUAUGAAGCGCUCAGUGUGGAGGCCUCCAAGCAGACCACGGCGGAGGAGAUCGUUUCCUGCAUUGUCGAACGGCUGGGGCUGACGGGCAACAACUAUGAGCUGGCCGAAGUGGCCGGCGAGUGCAAGGAAAGGCGUCUUUCGCCGCACGAGAAACCCGUCUCGGUGAUGCUGCUGUGGCCGAUGCAUUCGGAGAAAGAUUUUCAUAGAUUUUAUUUACGUGAAAGACAAAGCGAUGUUCCUUGGCUAGAUAAUUAUGGACUGGAUCCACAGAUACUAAGAGACUUUAUACCAUUUCUACUUCAGAAAGAAAAUAGAGAAUAUCCUGAUUUGUGCCAAUUGCCAGACCUGAACGAGGCGACGCUGCUGGAGAACCUGCGGCAGCGCUUCGAGGCUGGCCACAUCUACACCUACGUCGGGAGCAUCCUGAUAGCGGUCAACCCGUUCAAGUUCCAUCCCAUCUACAACCCGAAGUAUGUGCGGCUGUACCAAAACCAGCGGAUCGGUCCCAUUCUGCCGCCGCACAUCUUUGCCAUCGCCGACAACGCCUACUACAACAUGCUGAAGGAAAAGCGGAACCAGUGCAUUGUCAUCAGUGGCGAGAGCGGUUCCGGAAAAACCGAAAGCACAAACUUUCUGCUGCAUCACUUGACGGCCCUGUCGCAAAAGGGGGCCCACGGUUCUGGCGUGGAGCAAACCAUCCUCAGUGCCGGUCCGGUGCUGGAAGCCUUCGGAAAUGCCAAAACUGCGCACAACAACAACAGCAGUCGGUUCGGAAAGUUCAUCCAGGUGAACUAUCGGGAGAAUGGGAUGGUUCAGGGGGCCGUCGUCCAAAAGUACCUGCUAGAGAAGAGUCGGAUAGUGUCCCAGGGGCACUACGAGCGAAACUACCACGUGUUCUACUAUCUGCUAUCGGGGGCAACCGAGCAGGAACGGGUCGCACUGCAUCUGCUUCCGGCGGACAAGUACCACUACCUUAAUGCCAAGAACCUGACGCUGGAGAAUUGCGACGAGAAGUACGAAUUUUCACGACUGAAACAGAGCAUGGAGAUGGUGGGUUUUUCGGCGGAGAAGCAACGGCGGUUGUUUGCUGUUCUGUCUGCAGUGCUCCUGCUGGGGAACGUGGAGUUCUUUCCGAAGAAAUCCACCUACCACCACGACGAAAGCGUCCAGGUGCGGAAUCCGGAAGUGGUUGGACUGAUAUCGGAACUGUUGCGGGUGAAGCAGGAGACGCUCCUAUCGGCGCUGACCUCGAAACGGGUUAAGGCCAGUGGUGAAACGUUGAUCAUGCAGUAUAAGCUGCCGGAAGCGAUCGCCGCGAGGGAUGCUCUGGCCAAGUGUUUGUACGGAGCGUUGUUCGACUGGAUCGUGCUGCAGGUGAACCAUGCGUUGCUGAACAAGGAUCAAACGAUGCACACGGGCCAUUCGAUAGGGGUGCUGGAUAUCUUUGGGUUCGAGGACUUUGGACUGCAGAAUAGUUUCGAACAGUUGUGCAUCAACUAUGCCAACGAACAUCUACAGUAUUACUUCAAUUUGCACGUUUUUAAGUACGAGCAAAAGGAGUACAAGCGAGAGGGCAUCAAAUGGACUGAUAUAGAAUUCUUAGAUAAUUCGGGAUGCCUGCAGCUGUUCGAGUCGAAGCCGUCGGGCCUGCUCUGCAUUUUGGAUGAUUUGUGCAACUUUCCGGGAGCUACCAACGAGACGUUGCUGCAAAAGUUCAACAGUGUUCACAAAGACAGCGCGUUCUAUGAGAAACCGCAGCGAAAGGAGAAUGCAUUUAUAAUCAAACACUACGCCGGGAAGGUGAAAUACCAGGUGGCCGAGAUGCGCGAGAAGAAUCUGGACCUGAUGCGGCAGGAUAUUGUGAGCGUGCUCAAAAACUCGAGCAUGGCGUUUGUGCGGGAGCUGGUCGGCGCCGAUCCGGUAGCCGUCUUCCGGUGGGCCAUUCUGAGAGCAUUUUUUCGUGGCUACUUUGCAUUUAGGUCCGCCGGGAUCAAACACCGGAAGGAACGCGCCGACCAGUCCUACAGUAAACUUUCCACCAAGAGCCGCUAUCGUGCUCCGAACGAGAGCAUCGUAAGCCAUCUAGUGACGGUUUCAUCAGUGAACCUAACUAUCAAUCGAAUAGCUAAACGAAUCAGUAAUGCCAUGCACGAUAUCACUUCGAACGCGCUCAAUAGCAAUGCCCACGGGAACAGCGGAAGCGGAAACGCCUACCGGCAAUCGGUCGGACCCGGGACGGUACACGCCUCGUCAAACUACGGGUCCAACUCGUCGGCCGCGGGGACACCCCGACGCUCCUGGUCCAGCUAUGCGUUCAACAACAAAAACUUCCCGGACGGUAAGCUCAGCUACGAGUGUUCGGCAACUUCCGGCCAGGCGAACUCCUCCCCGUCCUCUGUAUAUAAUAGUAGUAGCGCUAGUAAGCAGUCCUCGACAACGAAUUCCGGCGGUGGCGGCAAGCAGCUGGGCUACGGUGGGAACCUGUCAUCGUCGCUGGCCGCAAGGAACCGCUUCGAGCGAUCAUCGCACGACGUGAUGGCACGCGCUUCGCAGAUUGUGAUGAAAAACAAAUCCUUUCGGCCCCGGGAACGACCGAAGAAGGGCCUGAAGAACCUGCAGUCGGUGAAAACGCUCUCCGCCGGCCAGAAUCUCUCCAACAACCAGACCGCCAUCAAAACUCGCAAACAGCCACUCACCGUCACGGCCCAGUUCCAAAUCUCGCUGAUCGCCCUCAUGGAAACGCUGAAUCAGGCAAAUCCAUUCUUCAUCCGGUGUAUCAAGUCCAACCCGAACAAGAUAUCGAACCAGUUCGAUGAAGCCACCGUCACCCGGCAGCUCCGUUAUACGGGAAUGCUGGAAACGGUCCGGAUACGGCGGGCCGGUUACAAUGUGCGGCUUACCUAUGAGGAGUUCAUCCAGCUGUACCGGAUACUGCUGCCGAAGGGGUUGGUCAGCUCCCAGAAGGACGUCCGGGACUUUAUGAACACAAUGGACCUGAACAAGCAGCACUACCAGCUGGGUCUGACCAAGAUCUACAUGCGAGAGUCGCAGAAGAUGCGGUUGGACAUUUGCCUGCACACGAAGAUCAUCGACAGCAUCAUCACGAUCCAGCGGUGGUUUCGAUCGAUUCUGCAGCGGAAAAAGUACUGCCAGUACCGGAGUGCGGCCUGUACGAUCCAAACGUACUGGCGGUUGUAUGUGAAGGAGAAACAGGCCAAGUUCUUGCGCAAGCUGAGGACGGAUGCGGCCACCAUUAUCCAGAGUGCGUGGCGAGGAUAUUCGGUGCGGAAGUGGUACACCAAGCUGAAGACUGGGGUGCAGGUGAUACAGGCGCGCAUCCGGGGGAACCAGGCACGGGACCGGUUCAAGGUGGCGCUAAGCAAGAAACUUCAACGAGAACGUGCCAAACUGCGCUCGACGCAAAGCUUGCCGGCGGUUGAACGGCCCUUGGAGAGUUCGUUCGACACGCCGGAGAUUCAGCACCACAAAGCAAUCGGCGGUAAGAAGCAACCGUCUCCACCGGUGGGAAUCAGUUUCGAAUCGGCCAUCGACAUAGUCAACAAGAAUCGAGCCUUGUUCAGCGAUAACAGCCUAAGUAGUGCGGAUUUCAUCGACGACGACGACGAUGAUGAAGACGAAGACGACGAGGACUGCUACGAGGACAUGGGUCUGGUGGACGAUCCCAGCUACGUCUCGACAGUCCUACGGCAUGAAGCGCUACUGGAGAAGAAUGCCAGCAGUGGCAGCACGGACAGUGGACUGCUGGAAUCAAUCUACGGUAGUGCUCAGUCGCAGCAACAGCAGCAGCAUACGAAAGUGCCACUGCAACGGCAGGACGAUGUAUUGGAUCGACCAAUACGGAAGUAUGAAAUCGAGCGUGCGAGUAAGAGUACGUUUGACGACGCAGAACUGGCCAAAUAUCGCUAUGAGCGAGGACUCAGUUCGAUGGGUAGCGGGUCCAGCAGUGGCAAGCUACCGGUGCGACGGGUAGACUCGGGACCAUCGCCCAGCCAUCGGUUACGGUACGAUGCGUACGGAAGUGGCGGCGCCGGUCUCAGUAGUGGCAUGAUUCGAAAUCAAAACCACAGCAAUAAUAGUUUUAGUUCCAGUAAUGUUGAAAUCGUUCUUGUAAAUACCGGUUUAGAUAGUCUCUCUUCUUCAGUGGCCACUUCCGGAAUUGCCAAUAGCGGUAGCAGCGGUAGUAGUCCGAAUGUACCUACCGAACAGCCACCGCAGAAGCUUCCUCUCCAACGGAAUCUCAACCGUAACACAAUGAGCCAAACGCAACAACAGUCCAGUACCACACUCAGUCGCCGAGAGCUUCUCUGUCGGAGUCAAGGCGACGAAAUCAACUCAAAUUAUCAUCUCCAGCAUUUGCAGUCAUCAUCCCUUUCGCCAUCGCUGUCCUCAGCCAACUACCAGAACGUUCAGUAUAAUCCUUCCCCCACUGUAGCAUUCCACCAGCAUCAACAGCAACAGCCACUCUCAUACAAUAAUAACAAUAACAACAAUACAAUCAAAUCCACCAGCACUUCCAAUGCCAACAGCAACAGUGGUAGCAGCAAUAGCCUGUACAACUACGUUACUCAACAGCAGCAGCCAUAUAUCCCAUCGGCUGGCCAGAGUAGCUUACCGCCAUCCCAGCGGGUGUCCAGCAGUUAUCCGGACGACUUUGCCCAGAACUACUACAACACCACCACUCCGAAAGGCAAAGCGGCUGCUCUGCUCGGUACCAAAUCCGAAGACUCCAAAUAUUCCGGUAGCAAGGACAUCGAUCUGACGUUAUCGAACACUCACGGCUCGGGGACAAUCGUGCCGAGCAAAACGCGGCGCAUCAAAACGAAUCUCAGUGAUGACUUCUCCAGUGGAAGCGGCGGCGUUGGUGGUGGUGGCGGUUCUUCCGGUCAAACCGGACUCAGCCGGCGGGGUGCCAUCUCCGGUAUGGAUACGCUUAAACGUAGGAAUUCCGAUCCCACCAACAAGAUUCCCCUGCUGGAGGUCAACCGGGGGAACGAUAUGUACCAGUCGAGCACCCGGAUCAACAUUGCGGGCCAUCAGUUCCGCAAGGUGCAGCGGAUCAACAAGGCGGAAAAGUGUGCCAGCUGCCAGGAAAGCGAUUCGUUUGUGAACGAAGGCUAUCGGUGUUUGGACUGCAAGGUGUUGGUGCACACGAAGUGCAUUCAGAAUGGAGGCAUCAAGAGCUUGCAGUGUGCUGCCAAACGGUCCAAACGGAUACGAACGGGAAAGCAUGACAAGCAUGCCCCCAUUGGAGCCAGCACACCGAAUUCGAAAUUCUCCGCCACACGCGAGUACACGGACUCGACCGAUAAGAUUAUAAGCGAUGCCAAAGAGCUGCAGUUGAUGCAGGAUUUCAUCACGCAGAAGAUCUGCAAGAUGGAAAGCGAUUGCGAGAAGCCCUCGGAGGGCGAUCGGGUGUUCAAGCAAGCGUUGCGUGAAUUCAAGGACAAUCUGGUGGCGCAGUACAGUGUGGCCCACAAGCAGAACUCGGACCUGCUCAACAUCAAGUACCGGGAUCUGAUCGCCAACUUUGAGCAGGUCAUCGAAACCACCUCCGGACGGAACAACGACUUCCCGCUGACGAUGGGUGUGAACGCCUUCCGAGGGUUCAUGAACGAGUUUAUGAACUCGCGCGAGACGGAGAAGCCGAAAGCGAAGCGGAAAAAAGACAAAAAACGGAAGCACGACGAGCACACGACCUACAAUGGCCACACAUUCCAGUUAACGAUCAUCAACAUUGCAACGGCGUGCGAAAUCUGCCAACAGUUUCUCCUUUGGCCAAUCGAACGAGGAUUGGUCUGCCAAAACUGUCGCCUAACGUGCCACAAGCGGUGCUACCUGAAGUCUGCGGCCUGCAGUAAGAUUGCUGCCACCGGUGGAGGCCCACUAGUUUCCGGCGGAGUGGUAACCGGGGCGAUUAGCAAUACCGACAGCGGACCUGGAGGCCAUCCGAAUAAAUUGUUCGGGGUUCCGCUGACGGCCCUCUGUGCCGGAAGCGACGGAAUCAAAAUUCCGGCCCAGAUCUACAGCCUGAUCAUGAUGAUCGAAAUGCACGGUUUGUACUCGGAAGGUAUCUACCGGAAGAGUGGGGUUAGCUCGAAGAUCAAAGAACUGAAAGCAAAAAUGGACCGAGUGGUGGGCAGCUCGGAGGAGAUGGACUACGAAAGCUACAACGUGCACGUACUGACCAAUGUGUUGAAAUCGUUCCUGAGGGAGAUGCCGGAACCGCUAUUGACGUUCGACAGGUAUGACGAUUUCCUGAGGGCGGCAGAUUUGUCCGAUGCGAACGAUCGAGUGCAAACGCUGCUGUCGUUGAUCAAGAAAAUCCCACCGGCACAUCACUGCCUGCUGGAGAGGUUAAUCUUCCACUUGGCGCUGGUGGCCAAACUCGAACAGUACAACCGGAUGUCGGCCAGUUCUUUGGCCAUUGUGUUUGCUCCCUGUGUGCUGAGGACGAAUCGAUACGUCCCGGCGCAGGACAGUUUGAACGACAUUGGUCGACAGACCAAGUGCAUGGAAACGCUGAUUACGCAGAAGAUGCUGAACGUGAAGAGUACCUUGGCGGAUAUUGAUACUCUGGACACGGCAGCACACACGGCCACAACCCGAUUGAGUACUCUGAGGAGUAGCAAAGUGUUCACGCCGGAAGAGAUGGCUUCGAACUCGAGAGGAGUUGGCGGAACGCUCGAAACCGAAACGGAAGAAAUGCUACUGGAAGGACACAUCCAGGAGAUCAAGAAAGAGAAAGCCCUGCUGACUUCAACGCUACCGAGUUUGGCCCGGGCAAGUUCGGACGAUGACCUGCUAUCCACGGAUCUGGACGGCGAAGGGGGGAGUUUAGAUGACCUCAGCAGUAGCAAGGACAAAGAUCUGGACACUAGCUAUAACAAUAUGAUCAGCGAUAGUGGAAUCUCGAUUCGCUACCAAGCCCCUUCGGAUCAUGGUAGCAGCAAUGUCAGUCUCAACAAUGACGUCCCGAUGGCUGUGAGUUACAAUCUACGGGGAGAUCAGAGCAUAGAUUACUUUCACAAAGUAGGCAAAACGAAAUCUCUAUCCCACCAAACGCUGAUCGAUCGGGAAGCUUUCCUGAAAAGCGGCAGUCAAAGUGGUUCCGCAACGACUCCACAAUCUCCCACGACAACGAUCACCACCUCUUCUUCGUCACCUUCCUCCUCGUCGGCGCCAUCGAUGAUCAAGUCGCAAAACGGAAGCACCAGCAGCGUUAGCAACAAUAGCAGCAGCACCGCGACCUCCAAACGGUCCGAUCUGAAUCUCAGCCAUUCGAUGGUGACCCUCUCGACGGGAGUGUCCGCCGGAGGUCACACCGGCUCGUCGGAACUCCAACGUCAGAAACCGAUAAUCAUGCGUAGUAUCUCCGGUGGCUACGAACCUUCGUCGUCGUCGUCUUCCAUGUCCGGUGGGGCCAGCAAUGCUUCCUCGCAGAAAAUCCUCAUCCAACAGUCGGCCUCGAUUCCGAUUGGCAACAAAGACACCGGCGGCAAAAUCGUCGAACCCAUAAAAAUGAGCCGGCGGAUGUCGGGAAGUAGGCGGCAGAACAGUGGUGGAGGUGGAGGAGGGGGAACCAGUGGCGGAGGAGGGGCAAGCCCGUCCGGUUCCGGCAACGGAAACGGCGAUGACGAACCGAUUAUGGUUUAGAAAUGCCAAUCUUUAGUGCACAGUCUCUCCGGCAAAACAACGUUAAAGACUAGUUCAGUUUAUAUUAACUGCUUUUUUGUUUAGUUAUUUUCUUUUGUUUUUCUUUUAGUUUAAAGAAAACGGAAUAGAUUGAGGAGACAUUAUUCAGUCUUGUUUUUGUAGAAAGAAAGUGUGUCGAGCCAGAUUUAUGUAUAGGAAGGAACCAAGCGUAAGAGCGUAACAUAUAGAAAUCAAGUCGCAUUCAGUUUUUUAUGUGUAACAAAAUUAUUAUAACACGAUGAUUUAUUGUUAGAGAGAAGAAAAACCCUAUUUAUAGCGCGAGAAUAAUCGUCGAACAGAGCAGCAACAGAAUGUGAAAUGUAGCGAGUGAAAAGUGAUUAACCCUUACAACUAGAAAGUAUAUUGCGUGGAGUGCGUUCGAUCGAGAAACCGGAGGAUGAUUGGAUGGAAAUGUGCGUGUGAAUACGAGCGAGGAUCGUUGUAAGUAAACUACUGUUAAUGCUAGAAGAAGAAGCGAAAAAAACUCAUUAAACUAAUAGAUAACACAAAAAGCAAAAAACAAGCGCAUAUAAACAAAAUUCACACACACAUAUUAGUUAGCAAGGAAUGACACAUUAUUAACUGGAACGAAGAGAAGCAGAGAAUGGAAAUGAUUAUUAUUAUAAUUGUAGAACACGCUACCCGAAAAUACGAUCGAAUGAACAAUAUUAAAGUUUUUUUUUUCAGAACAAGUUUAAUGUUUACGUGAAA